UUGAGAUCUUUCGCUUUUUUUUUUUUUCGCGUUUUUUUUCGAGAAUUUUGAAAAUUCUCUCACAAUCGAUCGAUUCCAAACCCUAAACUGAUUUCUCUUGUUCGAUUUGUUCUCCAAUCCUCUGAUUCUCUCGAUUGAGUAGCUGAUUUUGAUCUUUAAUGGAGAAAGUGAAGAGCUUGCUGAAGCCGAAGCAGACGCCGCAGCAGCAGCUGCGUGAGUGGCAACGCCGCCUCCGCCAGGAGUGUCGCGUCAUCGAGCGCCAGAUUCGAGAUGUUGAGAGGGAGGAGAAGACUGUGCAGAAGGCCAUCAAGGAGGCGGCGAAGAGGAACGAUAUGACCUCUGCGAAGUCGCUUGCUAAAGAAAUUGUGAGGUCAAGAAAAGCUGUGAAUCGACUUCAUGAAAAUAAAGCACAAUUAAAUUCCAUCUCAAUGCACCUUGGUGAAAUUGUUGCUACUGCCAGAACUGUUGGUCAUUUAUCCAAGAGUGCUGAGGUCAUGAAGCUUGUUAAUGGUCUCAUGAAAGCUCCUGAAGUGGCUGCAACAAUGCAAGAAUUUAGCAAAGAAAUGACCAAGGCCGGAGUAAUCGAAGAAAUGGUGAAUGAUGCCGUCGACACAGCUCUGGACUCAGAGGACAUCGAGGAGGAAAUCGAAGAGGAAGUUGACAAGGUGCUCGCUGCAAUCGCCGGUGAGACUGCCUCACAAUUACCAGAUGCUGUCAGGAGAGAAAAAGUACAGCAACCUGUUGCAACCGAAGCAGCAUCAGAGGAGGAAGCUAUUGCCGAGGGUGUUGACGAUGAAGGUGAAUUGGAAGAGAUUAGAGCACGGCUUGCGAAAGUGCGAUCAUAGGCAUCUUAUGAUGAGCAGCCCUGUGUGAGUUUCGAUUACGCGGUAGUCGGGCUUAUGUUAAUAUCCCGACUAUUUGUAUGAUAAUUUGUGAUAAAUAGUUUGUCGAAAUCUCGGAGUUUUACACCUUAUAAUGUCAUGAAUCACAUUACUGUUGAUUAUCAACGCACACAUGGCUUUGAAUCUUCUUCUGAUGUUGAAGAAGAAUGCAGUUACAGAGCAAGAUGUCAAGAUGUUUUGAUUUUAUGAAGCAAGAGAAUGAUGUAUUUAAAUAA